UACCUUAGAAGUUCUUGAAACAUAGAAUUAGAAGAUUCGCUUAGUUUUACACUGUGAUUGAGUGCCGCUGGAUUGGCUAGCGUUACAUUAAUAAUGUGUAAAUUGUACAUUAAAUAGAUCAUUCGAUAUGUUCUUUACAAUAACCGCCUUUACAGUGGACAUGUCGUUAUCAAUACAGUAAUCGUGUCAGUCCUAAGUGUAAAAAGCCUGUGGCGAAAUGAGGAUCAAAAGUGCCUGGAUUUUAUUUUUGGUAAUGCCAAAUAUUUUGGUAGACACACAACCAGUGCGAAGUCAAGAAUCAGCACAUAAUAUCAAUUAUAGAUAUAAUGACCACAAAUCAAUUAGUACUCAAUCAAUAUCAAAUCAAGAUAAUUCAAGUAUUUCUCCAGAAAACGAGCAAAUUAUUUCGGUGAGAAUCACAUCUUCAGUUGCAGUGGGUAGAGGAAAAAUAAAGUCAGGUUAUGUUAAUGCUAAAGAAGAGACUAUUGAAGCAACCAUACCUGUGACAACAUCUUACGAUCCAACAACAGAUACUGUAGCGACAAUUUAUGAUGUUACAACCAGCACAUAUCACGAAAUUGAACCAUCGACUGAUGUAUCACCAUCUCUUGCUGGUGCUAAUUUUGAAUAUAUUAAGCAACUGCAAGCUAAAAAAGCAUUGCAAAAUUUAAAUAGUUCCGGAAAUACAUAUAGUUCCCAUGAUUCUCAAACUUCUAAUUUUAACGACACCAAGGAUUCUUUAGAGUCAUUAUAUGACUCAGAUACUGCAUCGACGGUAGACACAGAGGAGAUUAUCAAGAUGUCCGAUGGAAUUGACGACAAUGUACCUCUUGCGAGGUCAAUACCCUCAUCGUAUUCUUCAAAAAAAUUUCUUCAUAGGCACUCAGAUACUGGACAGAAAUUGACAACAGUGAGUUUUAACGUCGUCCACGACUCUUCAAAGGCGAAUAGUUAUAAUGAACAUAGUUCUUCAUAUCCAAAUGCACCUCAACAUGUAGCUGGACUACAAAAACUUUUUCAAGAGCCUUCAAACUCUUACAGCGAACCGGCUAAAAUAUAUAGCGAACCUGCAAAAUUUUAUAGCGAGCCAGCUAAAGUUUAUAGUGAACCCGCUAAAAUAUAUGGCGAGCCAGCUAAAGUAUACAGUGAACCUGCAAAAAUUUAUAGUGAACCGGCGAAAUUUUAUAGUCCAGCCGCAUCUUUAAAUCUCACGCCCGAAAAAGCACCAAAUAGGGAUCCUUGGAUCCAAAAUACUCGUACUACACUAAAUGCUAAUACGUUGAAUACAACUCCGUCAGUUUUACAAACGAACCGACCAUACGAUAUUAACAAACAGACGAUUGUUGAACAUCAACCAGAAAAGAAUUACGAAGUAGACGAGAAAAUUAGCGUAAUGACUGACGGUCGCAGUCACGGCGUUCAAACGAAUAAUCCUGAUAAUUGUAAGCAAGACAGCUGUAAGGUCGGAUAUGUUGUUGAAGGCAGACAAUACAGGAAAUAUAGAGUCGAAGAGAGAACUUCAGAUGGUUUUAUAGUCGGAGAGUACGGAGUAGUCAGAAAUGAAGAUGGUGCGUUGCGAGGUGUUCGGUACACUGCAGACAGUGAAGCUAGCCCUCGACUCAUCCACGACGCUCUCAUGAAGUUCCUACAGCUCAAAUAGUUUCUUUAAAAAAAUAUUUUGCUCAAUAGAAAAUAUAGUUGCCAUUUCUGAAACGUUUCAACAAAAUACGUUUCGUUUGUGUAAUUGAAAUGUUAUAAAUGUUAAGACUGAAUAAAAGUUUUUUUAAGUUAAUUAUAUCGUGCCAAAAUACACUCAUGGUUUUCACAUUAAGAAGUGAAACUAGUAUGAUACAUAAUUAACGGAUUCUUGCAUUAUAUAAUUUAAUAAAGUUCUAAUUGUUUUAUAAUUAUCAGAGCAAUUGAAAAUGGCAGACUUAAAUUAAACACGGAAAGUAUCGCAACAAUUAUUUUAUUUAUUCAUUGUAACACAGUACCUAUUUAUUAUCAUAAUAAUAUGAAGACUCGAGAAUAAAAUGGAAAUGCUGAAUACAUAGAGGAUCAUUAGGAAAAAUUAGGAAAUACUUUAAUCAGAUAUGUAACUAGAUAUUUCCAAAAAUAUUUGAUUUAAUAAUACCCUUUUAUGGGUAUUGUCCUGAACAAAAUAUGAUUAGUACCUAUAGCAUAGCAAUGAGUAUUAUAUACAUACAUAUUGUUGCAACGGCACGAGUAAGAUGCACUACAUUAUCCUAAGUUAAAUUAUGUAACGGCAAUUCGUAAUGUACUGUGGCAAAUAAUACAAGUGAAGUUUGUAACCAUAAUACAUCAACGGUAUUUGUCGACUAAGCUUCUAAUUUAAAUUUAAUACUAUUUAAUAAUAUUUUGCGCACUAUUGGAUGAAAUGCCUGUAGCUCGAACCCAUAGGUCUGAGGAGCUGAAAUCUUCACAAUUUACAUACAUUGAAAGAUCUCAUAAUAUGCCUAGUUAUAUAAAAUUUAUAUUAUAUAUUUAAGCAAUAACAA